GCGGGUUGUGGCUGCCGGACCGUCCCCAUGCACUGCACCAGGUACGGGCGCGCCGCCGCCCCCCUCUCCCCGGGCACGGCCGGGAUGAGUGUUAGACUAUUUUCCUCACAAGCAAGCAAUGGCUGUGGAUGUAGCAAUGCAGCUGUACCUGUGCUCUUCACCCUUGCGAAGAGAGAAGUGUGCCUGCAAAAUUGCUCCAAAGCCAAGCAAGCCAUUGCGACCCUGCAUCCAGCUGAGUAGCAAGGCUGCACUGAACGGAUCAGAAGAGGCAACAAACUCCUUCCCACACAACAAAGUGAAGAAGAGGGUGUCAUUUGCAGACAGCAGAGGCUUUGCUCUGACGAUGGUGAAGGUGUUCUCAGAGUUUGAUGAUCCACUAGAUAUUCCUUUCAACAUCACAGAGCUGAUAGACAACAUUGUGGGUCUGACAACAGUGGAGAAGGACAGCUUUGUCCUAGAUUUUGUUCAGCCCUCUAUGGACUACCUGGACUUCAGAAACCGCCUUGAGACAGACUGUGUGUGCCUUGAAAACUGUGUGCUAAAGGAGCGAUCUGUUGUGGGAACGGUGAAGGUGAAGAACCUCGCUUUUGAAAAGACUGUGAAGAUCCGGAUUACGUUUGACACCUGGAAAAGCUUUGUAGAUUACCCAUGCCAGUAUGUCAAGGAUACGUAUGGAGGGUCAGAUCGGGACACGUUUUCCUUUGACAUCAGCUUGCCUGAGGGAAUUCAAUCACACGAAAGGGUCGAGUUUGCCAUUUCCUUCGAGUGCAGUGGGAAGGUGUACUGGGACAACAACAGGGGCACAAAUUACAGGAUCGUACGGUCAGAACUGAAGUCUGCUCAGGAAGCUGUCCAUCCCCCACAGGGCCCUGACUCUGGCUGUGCAUUUGACCGGUUCGGGAGCCCUCGGUGCUCCUAUGGCCUCUUUCCUGAGUGGCCCAGUUAUUCAGGCUUCGAGAAGCUCGGGCCCUACUAUUGACCCAAGGACAAAGUCCAGGUUGACUAACUGUUGCUGGCGUGUCUGCAGGCCUUGGGGCUGGUCUGAACACGAGGUGCAUGAAGAGGUGGAAGAAGGACGGCUCUGUAGCUUGGCAUAAGCCUCCCAGCACAACUAGGUGUGCAGUGCUCUGCUGGCAGUGGGCUUAUAGUCAGGGAAGCAAUUCUGGCUCUCCAAAUGAUCAAAGGACCAGGGGCUGUUGCUCAUGUCUCUUUAGCACUGCUUCUUCCUCCUGUUCAGUAAAGUUGCCAGUCUCCAGGGAAACACUACAGUGCUUAUAUUGUCUAUCCAAGCUAUGUAGUGGUGGCUGCUUGGUAUUGCCUAACUAGUAUUAAAAGGGUCUUUCAAAAUAUGUACUAGUAUUAUAUUUUUAGCAGGCUGUACUAGAGCUGCAGGGCUCUCCUUGCAAAGCUGGCCAGUGCCUGUCAGGAAACGGAGUGGUUGGAUGGCUGGGAACGGAGUCCUCUCUUUGCACAUGUCCUUGUAGUGAGGCCCUUCCUACUGGAGGCAGAAAGAGUGUUUUGGAAAUGAAAAUGCAAUGUGAUGACAGGAAAUGUGGCCCUACAGCCUGCCGUAUUAGGAGACGUGCCUGUGGGAGAGGAUCUGAUAUGCUUAGUCACUGGUUGUUUUAUCAGAUGAUCUUGAAAAACUCUCAUACCAUCGGUGUUACCAAAAAUAGAGAUUAGUUGUAGAUGUGUGGUGCUCGUAACACAGCUGUGGGUUGACACCCUUAACUGCCUUCUUCAAAACCUUCCUGUUUCUUUAAUUGUGAGUGAUCAAUGAUGCUUUUUCCCCUUGAUGGACAUCAGAAGUCAGCUGUUGGCUGUGCUGGACCCUGGAAAUGCAGUUCUUCCUCCUGUGGACUGUAAAACAGAGUUUUGUCCAGCUAGGGCCCAGAGUCCUGUGCAGGAGACUGCUCAGGUGUUACAGGAGCUAAACACAAAUGGACCACAUGGCUAUUUUAUGCUGUGUCCUGUAUAGGAAGGUGACUGUUGUGUGCCUACUGUCAUGGAAGUGCCUUGACUGAGAAAGGGGGGUGGCAAUGCUUUGUGAUAAACGGGCUUUGGAACUGACAUUGCUUUUAAGAUCUCAUAAUGGUUUGUUACUCCGAGCCAUGGACUGCUUGGCAGCUAAAAGCAUGGCACUGCUCACAUGUGAGGAUGCUGUGGCUGCACCGGAUGAACAGCAGCAUGCUGGGCUUCCCUUUGCUGUUGAAGCAGUAUGGCAUUUCAACCUGUAGGUGCACAGACUUUGCAUCUCUCUGCCCAUAAAAGGUGGCUCACCCCACCUAUGCAAAGAACUAGCCGUGAGGAGUGUGAGACGUGGGGUUAUCCUGGCAUCACCUCUGGAUAUGAAACUAAU